GCGAUGAUCCCCUGUACAGACGGCAUAGCUUCCGGAGACACCAGGAAAGACAAAUAAUACUCUACUGUACGCAAAGCACUGGAAAUAAUUGCCUCCUUUAUGGUUUCAAUGUCACGGUCAUCUACUAGUCUGUGGAGUCACUGAUGGAAAGCAGAGUCUAUGAAGUCUCCCAAAUAUGUUUGCACUAUUUGAAAUAAAAUUUAUGCCAAUGAAUGAUGAGGACAAGUAUUCUUGCCUGCCAGUAAUGGCCAUGCUGCGCGAGAUGUGCAGCUACUCCAUGGUAAAUCCGCCAUUUGUUGAAAGCUAUACCUUGCCCCCCCCACCGGAACUCGUAUCAAGAUCGUCAAGCUACGAUGCACCGGUGUAUGAAGCAAAAUAUUGGAAGAAUGUGUUGCGGCACAUAGACAAAGGUACGUCUCGGUCCGGGCAAUACGAGCGUCCAAGGUGGGAAAUUCCAGACACAAAUAUGAAUGUAAACCAGAAGUAGCGUCACAAAACUGAGCUUGAACAUCUUUCUUUAAUUCAAUGGAAACAACAAGUAUCUUCUGGGAAGUCUUCAAGGCAGCUUAUACAAAGCAUAGAUCAGACGCCUUUCAAGUUGUUUCAGGAUAGGCUUCACCCGCCGUAGAGAGUAUGAGUGUUAAUGUAGAGCUCCAUCCCCCUUGGAUAUUGCGCUAGAGAAGCUGUAAGCCCUUUCCACUCUCCUAUUCUUGUUCCCGUCAUCCUCCACAAAACCAUCCUAACUGUCAAACAAAUAUCCAUUCCAGCCCUUUCUAUUACCAUUUAUCUAUCAUACAUAUGUUCUAACCCUUACCGCGACGGCAUCAAUUCUCCUUUGAACUUUACAAGUCUCUUAUAGUAAUUGUUCUGCUUCUCGUCGUUGCAAGACCUGCAGCUUUAGUUUGGAGCUUGUUAAUUGGGCGCAUAACGCUCACUUUCAAAGGUAUGGCUAGCUAUGUCCUAAUUUCUGCUCAAUUUCCCCGAAUCUUUUCCUAUCUCGGCCUCUUAACGCAUUCUCAUCUUUUACUCUUCAUGAUUCCAUUCAUUGCCAUCCCAUUUCCUUACUAUAUAGGGAGAAUUCGAAAAUUCCGCUCUGCUCCACUAUCCAACACAAACUCUUCUCUUUUGACCAUUAUUCUCAAUCUUCACGUAUCACUAUUCCUCAGUCAAAUCUUAGCUUCCUCAUUCGAAAGAAGUACAUUUUCUUCUACUUGGGCCUCCUAUCUUCAAAAUAAUCAGACUUACACGGCCAUGAGUUCAUUAAUUACGGGCUAUGGAAGUGACGCUAAUGCCGGUCCAGCAGUCAUACCCGGACAAGGUGGGAUCAAAGCCGAAGUCAUUGAUGAUUUUGCGUGUACGAUGAGUGAAGGACGAGAUCUUUCCAGCAUGGAAUCAGACACAACUACCGUGACCAGAAAGGAAGAGGCAGUUGGUGCCAGUGUGUUUUUCUUGAACAAAGCUGAAAAUAUUGUGGCUCCACACACAGACAUGUUCCCCGAGUUCAAAAACUGGCAAGAUCAAGCUAGUAUGUUUUCCUCUCAUCGGUUCUACAAAAAUCCAACUGAUAUAUCAAUUCUGCAGAACAGAUUCUCGGUGGCCUAAAGCGUCCUCGUGUGCUUUUCGGUGUCCUUGGAUACACCGGUAGCGGAAAAUCGUCUCUUAUAAAUGCCCUUAUUGACGAAGAAAUGGUGGUGCCGGCUAAUGCAAUGCGCGCCAGCACAUCCGUCGUGACAGAGAUUUCAUGGAAUGAUUCGGAUGAUCCUGGAGAAGCCUUCCGCGCUGAAAUUGAGUUUAUCAGUGAAAUAGAAUGGAAAAUGGAGAUAGGACGUCCUAUUGGGCGAUCUGAAGAAUUCAACGAAGGGAGAAGAUCUGUCUACCAAGACUGGCAGUGAGGCAAGCAUUGCUUUUGCGAAAGUAUCUGCGGUUUGGCCCGGAAUUACUCUUGCCAAACUGAAGGGAAUGACACCGGAGGAACUGUUUCAACAAAUCGACGGCGUUUCUGAUCAUCCGGAUUGCAUUUUAGAAAUCUCCGACUGUAAUCCAAGCCAUUCUCACAACAGAUCAAUUCUUACAUUGACUCAAGCAACAAGCAAGUUUGUGCGAAAGGAAUAUCUUACUUGCCUCCGGUGCGUUGCGUUCGCAUCUACACGAAAGCCGAGAUUUUGAGGCAUGGUCUUGUACUUGUUGGCCUACCCGGCCUCGGAGAUUCCAAUACUGGGAGGACACAAGUGGCAGAGAAAUAUGCGAAAAAUCUCAACUACGUAUGGAUCGUGGCCGAUAUUUUACGUGCAAUAGGUGACCAAGUCGCCAAAGAUUUGAUGGGGAAAUCUUUCCGAAGACAGUUGCUCAUGGAUGGCAAAUACGACGAUAAGUACGUUACAUUUAUUAUGACGAAAACUGAUAUCACCAACACCGAGGAAGUAGUCGAAUCUUUACAGCUCCGAGAGAAUGAUUUGAGGAAUGUUCUAGCUCAAGAAGAAAAAAUAAUUAAAGAAAUCCAUGAUGGCCAGGAAGCACUCGGUCGAGAAAUUGUUAAAGUCAAGAAGAUGAAAAGGGCGUUGAGAGCACUGGAGAAGUCCAAGCCAUCGAAAGCCGGUAAAGCUAUUCCACGUAAGCGGAAAUAUAGUGAGAACGACGGAACAGAAGUUGACGAACAAUUAUUAGCUGACUUAGAAACUACGGACAAGAAAAUAUCGAAAAAGAAGCUUCUAGUGAGGAAUAAAGCACAGGCUGUCAUAUCCAUGAAAUUAUGGAAAAUAACCUUGCUAGUCUCAAACGCACACUCAAGUUGAUCAGGAAGGAGAUCAAAGCUGCCUGUACUCAGGCUCGGAACAAUUACACUCAAGAGCAUCUCAAGAUGGACUUUGAGAAUGGGCUACGUGAGUUCAAACAGGAUAUUUCUGAUGAUCUCAAUGACGAGCGGCCGCUUGGAAAUGAGGAUGACGUUGAGAGUAAGAACUUAGUAUUUUGUCGUAAGUUCUGCAAUAUUCAUGCUUACGGUAGUUGUUUGAUACUGAUAUAAGUUUCCAUGUAGAAGGGCUUGUUGAUCAGCUACAUGUUUUCUGUGUGUCCUCCAAGGGAUACCAGAAACUUUCUGGACGCUUCAAGCGUGAUCGAAUUCCCGAAGGGUUUACAACCGUGAAUGACACUUUCAUUCCAAGUCUACAAGAGUAUGCAGUAGCUUCCACCUUGAUUGCGAGAACAAAGGUCAACGAUGCCUUUCUGAACGAAUUUAAUCUUUUGAAAUUGACCAUCAAAUCAUGGGCCGAAAAUGACACCCCCAACUCUUUAUCUUCUUCUCAAAAACACGCGCUUAAUGCUAGGUUAGAGGAACGGAUAGAAACGCUCAACAAGGUAUAUGCGCUUUCCCAUGAUGUAUUCUAAUGUCUAACUCUCUGUAGUCUUUUAGUCAUGCUUUUGAUACUGCAAUGACACGUAUUCGCGAAACCAUCGAAACAAAUAUCCUUUCAACCUUGGAGGGCUGCAUCAAAGCUUCCACAGAAAAGGCCGAGCAGGCUUGUAGGAACCUCGUGAAUUUAGACACGUCCUAUCAAACUUGGAAAGCUAUUUGCCAGGUUUAGCAACAGGAGAAACGUCAAUUAUGACUGGAAUGGUGUUUUCGUGGAACUAUUCUCGAGACUUCUCGCCACACCUUGGGACCAGGUUUUUAACAAUCAGAUGCAGCAGAUUCACAAAGAGUAUUCUGGGAAUGUUGCCAUAAUUAUCAACAAGUUUCCCAUCGAUGUAAAACCCCUUCUUCAGGAUAUGUCGGAGGCUUCUGCAUCAAACUUGCCCAUCGAAUUUUUGACCAAGAUCCCCUAUCUAAACGGGAAAAUCACAAGUGCGGUAUCUGCGUCUCUGGGAUCGGCUCAGAAGCAGGCGCGGGAGAUUCAUCGACUGAUUGAGCCGCUUAUUAAACAGCAUUUGCAACCUGCAUAUGAAUCGUGUAGUAGGGAAUCAAGUAAGCAAUGUAAUUCAUUGAAAGAUGGCAUAGUCAUUAACAUAUGCGUCGUUUUCCAGAUAUAGGAGCUCUUUCUCGUAUGAAAAAACUUCUCUUCGACCAUAUCAAAAAGAGUAACGAAGUAAUGUACUAGGAGUGUUCUAAGGUGAUCAAGACGAGACUGGACAAGAUGAUAGAAACUCGGGAGAAACUAUUGGCCAAGACUCAUACUGACACAUCCGGAUACCUCACCAAGACAUUGGAGAUAUGAUUAUGUUGGCUGUUGCCAAGGAUGAUGAAACCAGGGAAGAGGUCAGGAAUACUCUGCGUAACGAUCUAAAGCUGGAGUUGAAUAUUUUGGAAGCUGCUUGGGUUAGGGGUGCUUCUGAGCCUACAGACGGACUUCUCUCGGUAAUGGCGGAGGAAAAGCCGUUUGAUGAGAUUAGCGAAGAUGAUGACAACACCGAAGACCCGGAAGAUAGUGACGACAGCAAUAUUAGUGAUGAGGCGUAGAGCAUCAGUGACGAUGUCGAAGACUCCUGAUCUGACAUUGCCAUUGAGCACUUGCUUCCAUCUGAGGUGGUUUAUUUACCCUAUGAAGGAACAAUCUUGCGCGCUCAUUUUCACAUGUAUUUCAUGAUAUUUCAGAAAAAGGAACAUUUAUUUGUACUAUCCAUGGCGUUGACUUUCGUUUCAUUUUAUCCAUUCAAAAAAUGUUCGUUGGGAAAUGGGAGUCACGAUUUGGUGGCGGGUGGCGAUGAGACAUGGAGCCUAAUUCGAAACAUCUCAGCUUUUUGUAUCUUAUUUUAGCAA